AUGUCACUGCGCACGCCGGGAAGAGCGAGGAGGGGGGAAGAAGCGCAUUUGGCUUAUAAUGCUGAUCCCAAAACUGUCGGAACUCGAACCAACGCCCCUAUGCCAACUGGAGUAGCAAGAUUAUCAGAUGGCUUUGAAGAUCCCGCAGCGUUCUUCUCAUCUCCUACUAAUACAGAGUACGCUUCCGGUUCAGGUUCUCGAUCGAUCGCCUCUGUUUUCAGUAAGGGUAUAGGUACACCCAAAACACCAGCUGGCAGAAGCGAUUAUACUGCCCAUACUCCCAUGACUGGUGAUACAUCUUUCGGAACGUUGAGGAGGACUAGAUCGAGGAUGAGCGAUAUCGAUCCAGAGGAAAGAGAUAAAGAGGAUGAGGAGAUGUUGGAAGAUGAUUUGUUGAAUGAUGAAGAUGAUUUACAAGCGGCUACUCCGAAAUACUUUGCAACUGAAAGUAACCCACCGUCUAUCGCUUUACCUUCACGAUCGAGAUUACCAGUCUCCUCACCAGCUGUUGACCGAACGUUCGACGCAAUACCUUCCCCCAGAGCACGUUCUUCACUACGAAAGUCCAACCUAUCUGCGCAUUCUGGACUUAGGAACGGAGGUAGAGUAAGCGAUAUGACUGGAGAAUCACCCGACAGAAGUGGAAUUACAAAUCAAGAUGAGGAUGAAGAUGAAGAAUCUCCAAGAAGAGGUACACGCAAGUCAACUAGAUUGUCUAUAUCGCCUACAGUGGAUAAGAAGAACAAGAGACAGAGUAGUAGAGUACCUGAUUCUCAACCCGAUGAACUUAGCUAUACGAGUCAUAGUGGUAGCAGUAGAAGAAAAUCGACGAAAAGUAAUGGUCACAUAGAUAGGGAGGCUAGUAUAAGUGAUAACGAUGGGGAUAUGGAUAUUGGAGGACCUUCAUUCGAUGAUGAUAUCGGUGGUGGGAGUGGAGGAGGAGAUGAUACCAUGCAAGAUUUAGGAAAUGACGAUAAUAACGAUUUCGAUCAUGACAAUGACAUUGGUAAUGGUGGUGAUAUUGGUGAUGAUAUUGGUGGGAAUUUACCUGAAUCUGAUGGAGAAGAGGAUGAUAUAGGGUUAGAACAAGAUGCAAUCGAUCAAGAGAAUGAACCUGAAGGAGAUGAUGAUGAUGAUGAACAACAAUCGACACCACGAGUUGAUAAGGAACGCAAGAAGAAAUCAGUCGUUAAGAAGAGGACUGCUCAGAAGAAAAGUAGAACAGAUGAGAAUGCUCCUCCUGCUAGAACGAGGAUGAGACAAGGUAGUGUGGCUCCUAAACCUAAGAGAACGAGGAUAUCUCAAAUCGGAGUUAGUGGUGACGCAUCAGACGAGGAUCGAGAAGAUGGAUAUCACGGGAAUUUCCAGUGUCGACGAUCGAGCCGAACUCAUUUCAAACCUUUGGAUUGGUGGAGAGGUGAAAAAUUCGAAUACAGACGUGGACCUGGAUUACCGGUCAUAGCUGAAGUGAUCACCAUACCUGAAGAGACCCCCCAACCUCUUUCUGCGAGGCACAAGAAGACUACUAAGAGGGCUAAUUCGACAACUCCGAGCACGAAGAAAAGGUCGAGAUCCAGACAGGAUAGUAGUUCUGAGCACGAAGUUGAAGAAGAAGCUGGAUGGGAUGACGAAACUGAACCGACGGGAUUGGUCAAGACUUUCCCGGAGGGUAUGGAAUCACAUAGGAAGAUCGCAUGUCCUAAAGCUUUACUUAAUCCUGAAUCUAAAGCGAAUCAGAAUUUCUCAUACCAGAAGGUAUUUGGUGAAGGCGAUUUCAUGGCCGCCGGAGUGGUCAUGAUACCUGUAGGAAAGAGUAAAACUACUAAACCAAGUAAAGAUAAUGCCUAUGUAUUUUACGUUAUACAAGGGGCUGUUCAAGUACAAAUAUACAGAACAAGUUUCAUCAUGGCUCCAGGUGGACAAUUCAUAGUACCUCGAGGUAAUGAAUAUUCGAUUGAAAAUAUCUCAAAUAAAGAGGUGCAAUUAUUCUUUGCUCAAGCACGUAAAGUUAAAGCGACCGAACAGGAAUUGGAAGCUGCUGGAGCUUCUACGCCUAGAGCUAGUUCAGUAGGAGUACCGAAUGGGAAAGCUAAGAAGCAGAAGGUGGUAAAGCAGACUAGACCUGGAAGUGAAGAUGAGGAAGAGGAUGAUUAUUGA